AUGACAUCAGGAAUUCCAAGCGAGAACGCGAGUCGAGACAAAAACACCAAAAUUUUACGCAUUACGAACAACAAGAAGAAGAAGAGCGAGAACGGAGAUCAGGGCGUCGACAAAGCAGCUGGCGAUGCCAUGCUCACGGUCCCGUCUAGAUUUCGCGAAUUGGGACUGGAUGUCGAGAAGACCGGAUCGGCCCAUGGAACUGAGGACAGCGACACAUUCAGUGCCACACCCGCUGGCGAUUCUGACGCUGCCGUGUCUCCUCGGGCCACACAGGAUCAUCAUCCUAUUGCCGUUACCCUCCCCACGACCACGACCACGGCCGCAGUCGACCAUGUACAAUCUCAUCAUUCUACAAGCAGGUCACCCACGACCGGCGAAGGUACUGAGAAGAGCGGCAAACGUUCUGAUGGAAAUAACUUGGCGACUCCUCCGCUCAAGCUGACAACGAUAGACACUGGAUUAGGGCCUGCGAAUGAAUCAGCCCGAGCGAGCACAAACCACGACGCUGAUCCUGUGACUGAAGCUGAAAUGUUAGCGGCUAAGCUGAAGAAGAAAUUGAGCCGAUCUCGGUACAAGGCGGGAAGAACCAAGCGCGACAAGGAGGAGAAGGCUAUUGCAAAGGCUAGGGUUCGAGUAAAGGAGGCGCUGUCAGCUGUAGACACAAACUCACGGGCUACAUGCAUCACAGAGAUGAAUGAGCUCAGGAGGACCCUGCAGGCGGGGAUCUCUUACUUGCCCCGCGGAACCAUCAACGACUGGGAUCUUAACCCCUGCGACGAGGACGGACUCCUGACAAUUCACUCGCCGUUGUUCAAGGCGUUGUUGGAACUGGUGCUGAAUUUCGCGUCGAGUGCGCAUACUUGGCUACUGUGCUCCGUAGAGCUCAAUCUAUUCCUGAACUCCCGCACCAAGAAGGGGGAGGGGGAGGGAGAAGAACCAGCUCUUGAGUUUGAAUGGCCCCAGGAACUUAGGCAGCGCCUGUCGACAAUCUCUGAGUUCAUGGAUAUCCAUAUCGAGCCUACCCUGUGCGCGUGGAAGGAGGGGAGGUGCCAGGAGAUUCGUGAUUUGCAGACAAAGUGGUACUGGAAGUCCCAGGGGGAUAUCGUGCAGCUGAUCUGCCUCCAGCGCCAAGUUGGUCCACGCGACAUAGCAGAGUGGUCAAAGUUUCUGCAUUCUGGUACCCGGGAGGCUUUGCUGGUAGACGCGAUGCUCAUUUACGUCCACGUGUUUGGCGUAAAUACACUGAUUAGUGUGAUCGGGCUGCUCAUGGAAGCCAAAACUGGACAAGGGCAGGACAGACUGACGGCGGGCAGCGUCCUGGACAAGACGUGGAUGGCCGGAGAGAUGAUGAGCAAGGGCGAAGAAGCCAAGCGCAAGUUCGACAACCAAGAAGUGGAUUUCGACGCCCUCGAGGCGUCGGGUGUGCUGAGGCCCGGUACUCUCCUGCGACGUUAUCUGGAGGCGGCGCGCACCUUUUGCGACUCCGUGACCAAGUGGUGCGGGUGUGUUGUGGCCCUGCACUGGGCCAUGAACCAGGACGUGGAGAUGCACACGCCGGCGGUCUUGUUGCUCGUCAAUCCGACGUUAUUGUCCUGGGCAAAAGAAAUUUCUCGAUUCGCUAGGGACUUGGAGCGGGGUUUCUUUGCGGCGGACCAGGCCGAGAGACGAGGAAAGCCAGGACGCUGA